GUGCUGAACCUAGUGCUCAUCCUUAUUGUCGUCCAAAUUGCUCGCAAAUUAGAUCUUGAAAAUCCGGAGUCCAUUAUAUAUGUUCGUGCUGGAUAUAUAGGAGUCCAAACUCUUAUUCUUUCACUUUGUUAUUAUCUUGCAACAAAAAUAAAGCAAAAAAAUGAUACUACUCCUCUUGAAUACGUCGAACCAGCAAAACGUCUAACAGAUGAACCUCCAAAACAUGUGGAAACGAAUAAUCGCGAUUACGAUCUUGGGAAACUUCAAGAACUUCUUCAGCAAACCAUUGUCGGACUUGUUUUUAUGAUGAUUUUACACCUUUGGCUUGAAUUUACACAACCUUUACUCAUUCAGUCCAUUUUACCACUCAAGAUUACGUAUGAAAAUCCGAUCGUCCAGAUUCAUUUGCUUGGUAAACCAGCAGAAGGUGAAUUGAAAAGACCAUUCAAGACUUCUGGUCUUUUUGGUAAUCUUGUUGAAGCACAACAACCUCAAACAGAUAAGCAAUCAAUUAAAAAAGCGAAAAAGCAAUAA